AUGAGCUGGUUGCCGCGCAUUCGAGCUAAAGCCGGGCUCGAUCUGCCCACCAUGAUAUUGAUGUUGAAAGGCUCUCUUCCCCCUCUGAUUGGUAUAUCCAUGUAUCAGUCAACGGCUGUCUCUACCUACUUUACUACAGAAGGUUAUCUCAUUCCAAUAAUCUCCGUCCUCGCCGUAGCGAUUCUGCCGCGCGAUAAAUUUAUACAGAACCUCAUUUUGAGCGUUCUGUUAAUUUGCGUCGGCUCAGCAAUAUCUCUUCUUGCUAUCUGGUCUUCCAUCCAGGCACGCAUCCAUACUUCACCUGCUGCCGCUCAACCGCCACCUACUGCGGCAGCACCAUUGCCAUACAAUUCAUCGCAAUCAGCCGUCUGCGCCGUGUGGUUGUUUGUCAACAUAUGGCUCGCAAACCUGGUACGGGCAAAGAUGCCUGCUUUCAACUUACCCGUGGUCAUCUACAGUAUUCUGGUCAACACUUGCUUGACCACGGGACCUGCAUUUGGUACAACGACCGCCGCCAAAGCCUUUGUCAGGGAGCUACUUUGCGCAAAUUUAAUCGGAAUGGGUCUAGCAACAGGCGUCUGUGUACUCAUUUUCCCAUUCAACAGCCGAACGAUAGUAGUUACGGACUUUAGGCGGCUAAUUGGCUUGCUGAGGGGCAUGGUGCACAUGCAAGGCGAGCGUCUCGCCCGUUCUACACAGCAGAAGAGAACGCUACAGGGGGAACAGCAAGACACCGAAGAAAAAGAACACCAGAAAAGCCCUACAGGGCCUCAAUUCGAGAUCAACUCCGCGAAUCGUCUGAGCGAGGUUGCGGAUGAAGUACGGGGCUUGGCUGGCAAGCUAUAUGAGGAAUUACCGUUCGCAAAGAGAGAUGUUGCUUGGGGAAAACUGCAAGCCGAUGAUAUCUCAGAUAUUUUCACGCUGCUGUAUAAUAUCACGAUUCCACUAAUGGCGAUAUGCACGGGCAUUAGAAUCUUGGAAAGCGAUGGCGUUGGCGGCCCAUGUAAAACCCGAGGAAACGAGUCGGCCGAACUUCCAUACAAGCAAGCCAGCAAGGGAGAAGCAUCCGAUGAUGUCAAUGAGCAAAUGCAAUUGUCGUUUCAGGCUCUGGAAGAACUUGUUGAUCAAGGACUCGAGCAUGCCGCACUUUGUCUGGAGAUUCUCCCCAGGCCACCAAAACGACCCCGUGAGGUCGUUACCGGUGGUCCAGACAGGGCCAAUGUUGAUCUAGAGGGCGCCGAUGGGCAGAUUUACCCCGGAGGCGUGCGAUUCGCCGCAGUCAUCAACGAAAAAAUUUCUGGUUCUUAUGCGAAAAGCAAUAGAAUCCUACGAUCCAGGCUUAAUGAGCUGCUGAUGCCAUUCGAGGACGCGGACUUGUCGCACACCCAAGCCCGAAUGGCCGACACCGGCUUGUCAAGCAAUCUGCGUCGACUGUGUGUGACAAUGUAUCUACAUCGGUUGACCCUAGCUGCGACCGAAGCAGUCCAAUGCCUCAUCGUUUUUACGGACGAAAAGGUUAAUAGCGGAAUAAUGGAGCACAAGAAAUUAAUCUUACCUUCCAGAUAUCGCUUAUGGAAAUGGCUCAGAAGCAUUCUGAAAAAGAGAGGUCCAGGAACCUCCCGAGAUCCAGACGUUUUGGAAACAAAUCCCGCCUAUUACGCAAAUAGUUACACUGAAAAGAAAGAUCCUGAGCGUCUUCCUCCCAAGGGCAUCUGGCAGCACAUUGGAACAGGGCUAUGCAGGUUCUCUGGGUUCUUGGGGUCUAGAGAGUCAGCCUUUGGGUUUCGGGUGGCCUGCGCCGCCAUGUCGAUUAGCAUAUUGGCCUUUUUGAAGGCGACUCAAAGCUUUUUCCAGCAACAGAGGCUAUUAUGGGCCAUGUUUACCAUCUCCAUCGGCAUGACCAUUACAUCCGGCCAGUCCAUUUUUGGCUUCUGUUGUCGAGUGGGUGGAACCCUCUUGGCCAUGGUUUUCUCACUUGCUAUUUGGUACAUUCCAGAUCAAAAGACGCCUGGUAUCAUUAUCAUACUGUGGCUAUUCAUCUUUAUUGAAUACUAUUUUGUCAAAUUCCCACGACUCGUAUCCACAGUCAUCAUCAUAGUUACGACCCAGCUUGUCAUUGUGGGUUACGAGCUACAGGUUAGAAAACUUGGCGAAGAUGUCGCGACGCGCUCCGGACAGCCAUACUACCCCAUUUAUUUGCUCGGCCCGUACCGUCUUGCCGUUAUCGCUGGGGGCAGCCUCGUUGCUUUCUUUUGGACCUUUUUCCCGUGUGCCUUGACGGAUCGGACGUGGAUCCGACAGGAUUUGUCGGCGAUGAUGUACCUACUUGGGAAUUAUUUCAGCGUGUUAAACGCGACAAUAAAACCUUUGCUCGAGGAUGGGCCUCGAGCUGGCGAAUCCAAGUCGUCGCGAAUACAACACCUCACAAAUAUGAGACGCAAAAUCUUUGGUAAACUUACGCGGACAAUAUCUUCCAUCGAGUCUCAUAUCAUGUGGCAGCGAUGGGAACCUGCCGUAGGCGGUAGUUUUCCGUCACAAACGUACCAAAAGAUUUUCGUAUCCAAUACUCACGUCGCCGGAUAUCUGAUGCUAAUGAGCUAUGCCAUCGCGUACGGCUCGGCAGCUGACAAGAUAGACGAGCUUGAAGAGAACGGUGGCAAGUCUGGACAAGAGGCAACAGGCGACGUCUUGGACGGUAUCAGAAGACACUGGGACAGCCCACAAAGGUGGCCAAGCGUCCAAGUUUUGCAGCGAGUCGAGUUGACAGAUCACACAAUCCUGUCCACCUUGAUAAUGCUAUCAAAUGCUUUGUUUUCGGGACAAAGGCUACCGCCCUUCUUGCCAAUUCCUGAGCAUCAGCAAAUGGCAAGGCGACUUGUCCGGCUGGCGGGCAUUGACACCCCACCAGAUGAAGAUGGAAAGUCGAAGGCUGGUUGUCAAUGUUCAGGCUCGCAGAGUGAUCUAGGUCUUGCGCUGGUUGAUUUGCGUCAGAGGCGGCGCUCCAACGACGAGGAGAAUGGGCAAAUUUCUAGGCAUAGUUUCCGGUGCCAAAGACGUGGGGACAAUCCCAGUCUCAGUCGUCAGGUUCCAUUGAUGGCAGAGCGCCGUCUUUACUUCAUGACGCAGGUCUGUAGCUCACUGAUCUGCGAUGAACUUGAAGAUUUGGCACGAGCUGUAAGCAAGCUCGUAGGUAUCGUGGACUUCAGCCUCCAUAACAACAACAGCAAUGGGAAAAGAGGUAGCAUUAAGCCGGGCAACGUCGAUGUCUCGCCAAUUGAGCGCAUCGCCGCUGUCAAGGGGAAAGCGGUCGAGGGCAUACGACAGGGCUGGUGA